AUGGAAGAAGACGCCUCGGACAUUGAGAAUGGCAUGCAGCGAGCGCACUGGUCGUGGCAAUAUGCCAGACAUGUGCGUCGCUACGACCGCUAUUGUAAGUGGUUGAAGAACACGAUUGGUCUACGGAACCAUCGGGAGUUCGUGAUCAUGGUGGCAGGGCUGGUUUUGAUCAGCGUCCUCGGCAUGGCGGUGGACAUUCGGCUGGGUGUUCUAAUGGCGAAGAAGGGGGGUGGACGGCAGAGGGAGAUCUUGGUAGCUUUGCGCUUGGGAUAUUCCAUUGGCCUUCUCUACUUCGUGUGCCCAAUCUUCAAGAUUGGGCACACGAAGUAG